AAGGAACUCUGGACGUCAUUUUCCGAGUGGAGUCGCCGGAGUGCGGCACACUUUCAUUUUCAACUUGUCGAGUGUUUUUAAUUCAUCGAAUCCAUCAUAAACUCACAUUCCACGGGCAAAGUGUAGAAGUGCGCCAUAAUCAUUUUCACUACAUUCCCAAGUUAAAAAGCAUUCAAUCAAGAUCCGCUGAGUCGAUCAAUUAGUGAACGGCGUCGAAAAACCGUAAGCGGCGCGCAGCAAGUGUUUUAUCACAAAGAAGAAAAUGAAUCCCGACAAGCUGAAAAAAUUGCAAGCUCAGGUCCGCAUUGGCGGCAAGGGCACCCCGCGUCGCAAGAAGAAGGUCGUGCACCAGGCAGCCGGCGCUGACGACAAGAAAUUACAAGGAGUGCUGAAGAAAAUCAACAUCAGCCCCAUUGCCGGCAUUGAGGAGGCGAACAUGAUCAAGAAUGAUGGCACCGUGAUUCACUUCAAUAACCCCAAAGUGCAAGCUUCGCUGUCGGCAAACACGUUUGCCAUAACUGGUCAUGGUGAAACGAAGCGGGCCCAGGACUUCUUGCCCGGAAUCCUGUCACAGUUGGGAACAAGUGAUUUCCGAUCCUGGGGUCAGCUGGCAACAGAGCUGGCCGCAAAGACGAAACUUGCAGCCGCCGAGGACGACGACGUGCCCGACUUGGUGGAGAACUUUGAGGAAGUUGCCAAAAAGGACGAGCUGGAAUCGAUAACGAAGAAGACCGAGGAGAUCACUGUUGCGUAAACUUUCCGUCAUUUUAUCAUUCAUGAUAUGUACUCUUUAUACAUUUAUGAAGCAUCUUAUUCGCGCAUUUAUUCAUAUAGUGGAUUUUUUCGUAUACACACACCUUGGGGAAGAAUAAUAUUAGUUUUGUUUCUUUAACAUUGUUCAUAACGAGAGCAGAAAGGGAGGUGAAACGCUGGCACAGGCUCCAUAUAUUUGUACUGUACAUAUACAUACAUACAUGCAUAACACGAACAAGGGAAAAUCUCGAUUUAUUAUUUUGUAUUAUAUUUGAGAAGUAGAAGAUUGAAUUAUACAUAAUAAUAAUAAUCAAGAAAAUGUUAACCAAACCAAA